UCUCUCUCUCACACACACACACACACACACACACACACACGGGCAGCGGAAAUGAGGCGCGCGCUGGUUUCUCUGAUUUCUGACCUGUCAUUAGAGUUUAUAACGUGUUAUAAUGCGGAUUUAAUGUUAUAGGGAGCAUAAGCCGGGGGCGGGUAUGUGAGGUGGCUGUAAGAAACCCCUGAAGUGUUUUUCAUUUCACCUCUUGUGUAACAUCUUCACCUUUCUGGAUGGUGCUGAAGUAAACGUGUGAGCUGUGGGACGUAAAAUGGGCGACGAUCGACCUUUUGUGUGCUCCGCCCCCGGAUGUGGACAGCGUUUUACAAAUGAGGAUCAUCUGGCGGUACAUAAACACAAACAUGAGAUGACUCUGAAGUUUGGACAGACUCGCACUGACACGGUCAUCAUUGCAGAUCAGACCCCCACUCCCACUCGUUUCCUGAAGAACUGUGAGGAGGUGGGUUUAUUCAGCGAGCUUGAUGGCUCCUUUGAACAAGAGCUUCGUAAAUCCCAGGAGGAUGAGGAGAGAAGAACCAAAAGCACGCUGCCUGCUGUUCCUCCAUCUGAGAUGAAGGAGAAAGAUGGACCUCUGGAGAUUGACUCAUCUCCUCCUGACAGUCCGUCAUCCACCUCCAGCAUGACAGACUCCAGAGAUUCUGAGACGUUGGUGAAGGAACCUGUUCCGAUGAGGAAGAACAAGGAAGUGCCUCCAAGGACAGCAGCAGGAAGUGCCACGCCCACACCCACCAUCGUACGCCCCGGGUCACUUCCUCUGCAUUUAGGAUACGACUCUAUAAACCCCACGCAGCCAUCGCCCACGUCUGUCAUCACCCGGACUCCACCCUCCAACAGACUCAGUUCUCCAUCAGCUUCCUUUCCCGUGAUGAUGCAACUUCCUAACGGUCAGACUGUCCCUCUGCUCCCCAGUCCUGGACAAACAUCUGUCAUAUCAGUGGCCAGAUCAUCAAAUCCAGUGCCCAAUAUUCCAGGAAUUCCUGGCCCUCCGAUUGGUGGAAGCAGCAGUGGAUCCUCCUCUCCAUCUGGAUACAGCUCACAUAAUGAUGCCAAGAUGAGGCUGAAAGCUGCACUGUCACCACAGUGUCUUAGUGGACCAACACCAAGCCAGAUACCUGAACCCAGUGAGACUCUUUCACCUGUACAGCCACAGGUGUCUCCUGCAGCUCCGAGAAGUGGGCGUCGGCGUCGUGGGGCGGAGAUCGAGCCUGAUGAGCGCAGGCGGCGUUUUCUGGAGCGGAACCGAGCGGCUGCAUAUCGCUGCAGACAGAAAAGGAAAGUGUGGGUCAGCGCCCUGGAGAAACGUGCAGAGGAACUCGCUACUGCCAACGUCACACUCACGAGUGAAGUGUCCCUGCUCAGAACCGAGGUGACGCGUCUUAAGGAGCUUCUGCUGGCUCAUAAAGACUGCCCUGUUACUGCCAUGCAGAAAAAAGCGUACCUGGCUGCAGGUGUGGAUGAAAGCUCUGUAUCGGCGCUGGUUCUGCCCGUCUCGGUUCCGGCUCCGGUCUCGGUGAACGGGCUGAGCGUGCGAGCGGCGGAGGCCGUGGCGGUGUUGGCGGGGAUGGGGUCGGGCCAGUGGAGCGGCGGAGCGGGCGGAGACACGCCCACCCAGUCACAGCCCACCUCCAGAUGAUGACCAUGUGCUACAGCCAGUGGGGAAGUGGGUGUGGCUUAAAUGGGUGGGUGUGUCACAGGAGAGAAUUGUCUUUGAACUGUUGAAACCACUCCCUGCUUUUCACACUCACCAUUUUCUCCAGACUUUUAAGUGUGUGACGUGUCACGUGAUGUCGCUGGCUGACUAUACAGACACUGCAGGAAACACACACACACACACACACACACACACACACACACACAGCACUCAUAUACUGUUCUUUCUCAUGUUACAUUUUAAUAACCGAUAUAUUUCUUUGAUGUUUGUGACUCUGCAUGAUUCACUCAGACAGGUAGACCGCCGCAGGUCACAUGUCGCUCGUGGGUGUGGCCUGUGCAGCGUUCUGACCAUGAACAGUCAUCACUAUACAUGUACAGUAUAUACAUAUCUCCUAAAGCUAGUUCGACUCAAAUGAAAAGGUACUGAUAAGUGGAGAUUUGGAAGGUUUAUGGCUAUGUUCUCAGAUUAAAUGAGCAAAACGAACUGUACCAGAUA